ACAGAAGUAUGACGACUGAUUGAGCAAUCCGUCUUGAUCGCGCAAACAGGUUUGUCCUUGCGUAUCUACGCGGUUUAUUACGGUAUUGCAAAUGCAGUGACAACAUGGCGGCUUCUGGACGGAAUGCGUGUUUGUAAUCUACAUUUUCUUUCCUCUUGUCUUAUAUCUCAGCCUGUCCUGUCAGCGUGUUAACAAAAUAUACCCGUCGUCUUCUCAAAGAAAUUGGUGAGCAUCUCACAUGUUGUCGAGGAAGGUUCUGCCCCUGUCCAGUUCCUUGUUACUGAUUUCCAGAAGGACCAGCUCCCUCGUUAGACUGAAGUAUGAUGUCAUUGUGGUGGGAGGAGGACAUGCAGGGACAGAAGCAUCUGCAGCAGCAGCAAGAAUGGGAGCCGAAACGCUUCUGGUCACACAGAAAAUAAAGACAAUUGGUGCACUGUCCUGUAACCCAUCUUUGGGAGGGAUAGGUAAGGGCCACCUGGUGAAGGAAGUUGACGCUCUGGAUGGGCUGUGUGGUCGAGCGGGUGACUGGGCUGGGAUACAUUUCUCCAUCUUGAAUCGGAGGAAAGGUCCUGCUGUUUGGGGGCCCAGAGCCCAACUGGACCGCCAGCUCUACCGUGAAUUUAUUCAGUCGGAGCUGCUGUGCACGCCACGGCUCACAGUGCUUGAAGGUUCUGUGGAGGAGCUGCUGGUAACAGAACCAGACCCAGAGAUGCAUGGACACCACAGAAUCACUGGGAUUCGUUUGGCAAAUCACAGCGACCCAGUCUCAGCCAACUCUGUGGUACUCACCACUGGCACUUUCUUGUCUGGCUCCCUCUUUAUGGGCCAAACCACCUCUCCGGGCGGUCGGAUUGGAGAUGCUCCAUCAAGUGCCGGGCUGUCUCAUACUCUACGAGAGAUAUUGGGUUUGAGGAUUGGCAGAUUGAGGACUGGUACCCCUCCCAGGAUUUUGAAGGAAUCAGUAGACUUUUCUCAGGCGAAGCUUCAUGCACCCGACAAUCCUCCAACCCCAUUCAGCUUCCUCAGCACCCACACACGCUGCAAGCCUGAAGAGCAAGUGCCAUGCUACCUGACACAUACUACCCCCGAUGUGGAGAGGGUAGUGAAGGAGAGUCUUCAUCUCAACUGUCAUAUACAGCAGGACACCAAGGGUCCCAGAUACUGUCCCUCAAUCGAAUCACGAGUGCUACGCUUUCCAGGAAGAAUGCAUCAUGUGUGGCUGGAGCCCGAAGGAAUGACCUCUGACCUUAUAUAUCCUCAAGGGUUGUCCAUGACCAUGCCACCUGACAUGCAGCUCCGCCUCCUUAGAGAAAUCCCCGCCCUGCAGAGAGCCGAGAUCCAUACUCCUGGUUACGGUGUUCAGUAUGACUUUGUAUGUCCCACUCAGCUCAGCCCCGCCCUACAGGUGAAAAGCACUCAAGGUCUCUUUUUAGCCGGGCAGAUCAAUGGAACAACGGGGUACGAGGAAGCUGCUGCACAGGGUUUGUGGGCGGGAGUCAAUGCUGCACGUUCAGCACUUUCCAUGCCUCCAGUGGAAUUGUCUCGCACAGAAAGUUACAUCGGAGUUCUCAUUGAUGAUCUGGUGAGUCGGGGGGUAACUGAGCCCUACCGCAUGUUCACUAGCCGGGCCGAAUUUCGCACUUUGUUAAGACCAGACAACGCUGACCUCCGCCUCACUGUGAAAGGGUUUGAAGAGGUGGGGUGCGUGUCCUCUCUGCGCUAUCAGGAGGCUGUGAGAGUGAGGGACUGUCUGGAGGAAGCAUUGGCGGCCCUUCAGGACAUCGCUGUUUCUAUUAACGCCUGGAAAACCAAGCUGCCAAACAUGCAAAUCAGUGACAACAAUAACACCAUUCAGACCGGUAUGCACGUGUUACAGUACAACGACAUGACCUUUGAAAUGUUGGCGUCUGCCUUCCCAGAGUGUCUUUCACCGUACUUGGAAUUCUCACAAAGACUUAAGAUAGAAGCUGUAUACAGGCCUCUCUGUCACCUCCAGAAGAAAGAGAUUGAGCAAAUCCGGAAGGAAGAGAACAUGCCUCUUCCACAGGACAUCGAUUAUCUGACUUUGCCUGUCUCUCUGUCUCAGGAAGUCAGAGAGGUUUUAGACAGAGUACGACCCAGCACCAUCGGUGCUGCGACACGGCUGCAAGGUAUAACACCCGCUGCAGUAGUUCAUCUCUUCAACUACAUUUGCUACUCGAAGCAAAAGGAGAGCAAAAAGCACAACGAUCAGCUCCCCCUCAAGGAGCAGAAAGAAGAGGAACUGUGUGCGUGAAAUGAACCUCCGCUCUGAAAAUGGCUUGUAAAAAUGUAUUUAUUCCUGUACAGUAUACAAAUAAUAAGAGUGUUGUGUCUACAUCUUCAUGUUCAAACGUUCUCAAAAA